CAAACAAAUAAUGAACGAACAACAUCAACAAAUCAAACACAACAACAGCAACAACAACAACAAACACAAUUAAUUAAUCAAUUACAACAGAAACAACAAUCAUUAAGAAAUUCAACUAUUGUUGCUAUGUCGAAUUUACUUGCUGCAAAUAUUGAAAGUGGUUUAAUGAGAAGUAUUGCAUUGGGUUAUCACCGUGAUCCACAAACUCGAGCAGCAUUUAUGGAAGUUUUAACACAAAUUCUUCAACAAGGAACUGAAUUCGAUACACUUGCUGAAACUGUUCUUGCAGAUCGAUUUGAACGAUUAGUUGAACUUGUUACAAUGAUUGGAGAUAAAGGAGAAUUACCAAUUGCAAUGGCAUUAGCAAAUGUUGUUUCACCACAAUAUAUGGAUGAAUUAGCACGAGUAUUUGUAACAAUAUUUGAUGCAAAACAUUUACUUCAUCAAUUACUAUUGAAUAUGUUUGCAAAAGAAGUUGAAUUAGCUGAUUGUUAUCAAAUAAUAUUACGUGGAAAUGGUUUACCAACAAAAAUAAUGUUAUUUUGUUUUAAACUUUAUGGUUCACAUUAUUUAUAUAAUUUAUUUGCACCAAUAUUAGCAAAAAUGUUUAUAGCAGAUUUACGUUCUUAUGAAGUUGAUCCAACACGUAUUGAACAACAUGAACAAUUAGAUGAAAAUAGAAAAAAUUUACGUUUAUUAACACAAGAUGUCUAUCAAGCUAUUGUUGAUUCAUCAUCACAAUUUCCACUUCAAUUAAGAAUUUUAUGUUCA